AUGACGCCGACUUCAUCGAUCGCCGACCAGCCUGCAAUCGAAGCCCGUAUUGCUCAGCUCGAGCAGUCCCAAUUCGAGCUCACCAAGACCACGAUGGACCUUACUAUGAAAGUCAUGGACAAAAACAACAAGAUCAUGCAGCUUAGUGGAAAGCUGCGCAACAAAGAUCUCAAUCUUCGCCGAUCUCAGAAGAAGAUCGCAGCAGUUCAGAAGCAGACGAAGAAGGUCGAACGCAGCCAGAAGAGGGACAUCAAGCGCCUCCAGAAAGCGACCAGCGCGUUGAAGGAGCAGCUGGAACUCAUCAAGGCCGAGGCUGCAAAGCCCGAGUCUGUCCAUGAUUCUAUUGCGCCAUGCUCGCCAUCAGCCGCCGAUACCGAACCUCCAGCACCGCGCAUUGUCACUUGCGUUCAGUGCUUCGAGCGUAGACGGAAGUGCGACAAGGGUGAACCUUGCCGACCUUGCGCAGACCGCAGGCUCGUCUGUGAGCGUAUGAAAUGCGACCACUUCGAGCCCGGCGCUUGUGUGAGGCUGAAUUGUGGAAGGUUGCACCAGGAUGAGAUGGAGAAGAUGGGGUACAAGCGUGUGGUCCCUAGUAGGCGCAUCCCCAAGCCGAAGCAAGUCUAUCAUCCGCAGGAGUAA